CCGGACGUGGCUUGCAGUCUGACGACGAACAGGAGCAUGCCGUCGCUUGACAGGGUGGCCCAGGUCCUCAACAUGGCCGCAGACCAGCCGGCGACAGCUGCUGGCAUCAGCAGCAGCAGCAGUAGCAGCGGCAGCAGCAUCAGUAGUAGCGGCAGUGGCAGCAGCCAUUUCAGCUGCCUGCACCUCACAGAGGUCAAUGUCAGCCAGGACGCUGCGGGCUCGGAGGCGGAGGUCCUCCACUACCUGAGGCCGCGCGGGCCCCUGGCGCGGCUGGCGGCGCGGUGCCAGCGGGUAAAGCUCGCGUACCUGGACGCAUCAAAGGAAGUCAGCACCCGGGCCGUCUGCGCUGUGGUGCAGCUGCUUGGGCUGCCAGAGGUACUUGUCCUGCGGCAUGGCAGGUUCCGUCUUCGCCCUGCGCCGCUGACGUCGAGCCUGCAUGAGGCCAGAUGCCACGACAGCACUGAGGCAGCAAUGCGGGCGCUGCUGCCGCCGCUAGCAGCGCCGCUGCGGCUCGAGGCUGCCACCCCAGAGGCCGUGUUGCGGGAUGUGGUGGAGCGGCUAUGGCUGGCGAGGGUGGCCCCAGGGGCGGAAGCCGACAUUGUCGCAAGUGGGGCCACAAACAUGGAAGCCAUCUUGAAGAUGUUUCACAUCACCGAAACCAUUGUCAUGCUCCGUGGCGUGGCGCCGCCGCCGGGCGGGCUUCACCCUGGACGCAAGGCCAUGGCGGCUUGGCUGGACGAGCUGUGCGGCGUGCCUGCACCAGCAGCCGCUGCUGCCGGCAGGGCGGCGGACGCAGGGCCGUCCGCUGCAGCUGCAGAUUUGGACUGCGAGUUGGGCGAUGGGACCUCCACGGGCCUGCUUCGCCAUCUUGCAUUCUGCACCCCCGGCGCCAUCGUGCCCUGCGCAAGUGCGGCGCUGGUGCCGUGCUGCUCGACCGCGGACGCAGCAGCGCUGGUAGCCGCGGUCAUGGCCGCGCCGGGUGCUGCCGGCCUUGCAACGGCAGAGGGCGCCGGUGGCAGCUGCGUGCUCGAGGCAGCCGCCCUCCCGCCCGACCGGACGGAGGCCAUGACGACCGGACUCUUCAGCUGCGCUGAAGAGAUCUUGCAGCUAUCCGUGCUGCAGGUGCUCAUGGACUUGUGGAACGGCUGGCAGGACGCCGCUGCGGGCGGUAGCACAGACGGCGGCCAGGCUGACGGCUUGCCUGGAGUUGACGGCAGCGGCCCCGGCAUGCACCACGGCUUAAAUGCUGCUGGAUUGAGUAUGCUGCAGCGUCUGUUGGACCUGGAUGUUGCGGUGGAUAAGAUGCUCCGGGUAGCACCCCAGUAGCAGGAGGUUGUCCAACGCAGGGGUUCAACACGUUGCAUUGCUGCACGGUGCAUGCGGAUUGAAGGUGGAGGAGCUAGGUGUGGUGUGGGGGCGUGGAGGAGUAAUGCCGUAACGCAUACCCAUGUUAGUAUGUUUGUCCUUGGCAGCCGUUAAGCAUGUCAGAUUGCAGGGUGUCACGCAGGUUUGGAGUGCGGAUGUGAUUUACGGUACCGAAGCAUGGGGAGCACGUGAGUGGACCAUGCCUUUUAGUUCUAUGACUUCUAGUCCUAACUAGUGCUUGAUCUCUGGGUACAUGCACUGGGGGAAACUCGGGCGUUGGAAACCCUAGAAUAGCCAAUGCGUGUGUGCGCAGUGCGUAGGUGUAGGGGCUGCUGAUGCAUGUGUAAGCGAAGGCAGGAAGUGCAAGGAAGAGCUAAAGGGGGCUUGUACAAUGUCCCGCCUCUUAACUUACGCUUAACUUGCUGAGCUUGGGCGAGCAGGCUGGGAAGGUGCAAGUGACUGGAUGGGAAGGCGCCGAGCGACUGCAAGGCGUGCUGAUGACAUCAUUGAAUUGCA